GACGGAAUGCUGGGGGGAGGUCUUAAGAUAAGCUCCUCCCCCUGGCCUUUGACCAGACUUGAGUCGCAGUUCACGCGCAGAACCGUCCGCGUCUUCCCUCGCGGUUCUGGUUCCGGACGGAGAUCCCCGCGUCUCGUGGUGGGCGUGUUCUUGGCUGACAGCUCUGACUUCCGGUCCGGCUGAGCCUCCCUCAUCAUCAUCUUCAUCAUGAGCGUGUACAGCGACGCGUCCUCGGAGGAGCUCGGGGACGAGCUGCAGAGUCUGGGGUGGUACCACUAUGACCUGUCCCGCCACGCCGCAGAGGCCCUCCUCCUGUCCAACGGGUCGGAUGGAAGUUACCUCCUCCGGAACAGUAAGGAGGGUCCGUCCUGGUUUUCCCUCUCUGUCAGAGCCAAGGAUUCUGUGAAGCAUUUUCACGUGGAGCGCAGAGACGGCAGCUACAUGUUCGGCUUCAACGAGUUCCCCACGCUUCAGGACUUUGUCAGCCACUUCGCCAACCAACCUCUGCUGGGCAGUGACACAGGAACCCUCAUUGUUCUGAAGAGUCCAUACCCGUGGCGUGUGGAGGAGCCAUCCAUCUACGAGUCCGUGCGCGUUCACACAGCUAUAAAGUCGGGCUGCACGGAGAACGACCUGGUGGCCGCCGCUCCGUCGCUGGGCACCAAGGAGGGCUACCUGGUCAAACAGGGCGCCAUCGUGAAGAGCUGGAAGCUGAGGUGGUUCACACUCAACAGGUAUGAGCUGAAAUACUUCAAAGACAAAGAGAGCGAGGAGCCUAUCCGGACGCUGGAUCUGAGGUCCUGCUCUGCGGUCCAGUUUGAUUACUCCCAGGACCGGGUCAACUGCUUCUGUUUGGUGUUUCCAGAAAGAACCUUUUAUUUUUGCGCAAAGACGGCAGUGGAGGCAGACGAGUGGAUCAAGAUUCUUCGGUGGAAGCUGUCACAGACGAGAAAAGGCCAAUGACGGACAGGGAGGAGCUCCGCCCACAAAGGCAGCUGGAACCCAACAUCCUAUGGUGCAGAGAAUCGUUGUGUUUUUAUGUAAAAAGUAAAAAAAAAAUGUAAAGAUUGCAAAAAAUCAAAUUGUUUUAUGACUUUCUGUUUGUUCUGGAGUUUCUUGUAAAUGUGGAUCCGAUGAAUGUCAAAUGUCCCCACAUCACUGUACUGGUGUAUUAUAUUUGCUGUUUCAGAAUAAAUAUUUAAAUGACUGUAA